AAUUUCGCGCAGAUCCAAUCACAGGAGGCCCCACCCACCCUCAGGCGAGGAGAGCCUCCUCACUUGUACAGAUCCUAACGGGAAACAGAGGAAGAGAAUUCCCAUGUACAAGUAAUCUCUCUCCUCUUUCAUUAAUAAAGAAGAAAAGCAUAGUAUUGUUCUCCUUCAUUGAUUUCUAACGGUUCACAUCCAUAUCGUCUUCUUCCGCUCUUCGUUGUCCCGAUACGCUUCGCCUCUUUUCCUUUCUCUGAUGGCCGAGGAUUUCGUUGCGGCCGUUGAAGAUGGCAUCAAGCUCUCCAGGCGUAUAUAUUUCGGCAAGGACAGGGCGGUGGCGCCGCCCAAGCCCCCUACCUCCAUGGAGAAGUCGUUUCAUGCUUUUCUUCCCUGCGCGCCGAUGGUUUAUGCUGUCAUCUAUGAUCCGGGAAUCGUGGAUAACCCUGAUAUGCCGAGUUACCAGCCACACGUGCACGGCAGGUGCGACCCACCGGCGCUGAUUCCGCUUCAGAUGAAUGAGGUUGAGCUCCGGGCGGAUUGCUAUUUGGAUACGGCGUUUGUCACGAUUAAUGGCGUUUGGAGGGUGCACUGUGUUAAGGGUAGCCGGAGCUGUGAUUGCCGCGUCGCAAUUCCCAUGGGCGAGCAGGGUUCAAUUCUAGGUGUCGAGGUCAGUGGUCCUAGGAAAUCAUAUCGUACUCAACUUCUUAUGGAUGAGAACAACGAAAAGGAAUACGCCAUUGGAGCUAAACAAGCGGGCUUCAUCAAACCCAACAUAUUUACCUUAAAUAUACCAGAGAUUGACGGAGGUUCCAAUUUAUCAAUUAAAAUUACUUGGUCCCAGAAACUUUUAUACAGCAAUGACGAGUUCUUCUUGAAUGUGCCAUUUACCUUUCCUGCUUUUGUGAAACCUGCGGGAAAGAGAAUUCCUAAAAGAGAAAAGAUACAAAUAAACGUCAAUGCUGGUGUUGGAAGUGAGCUGUUAUGCAAGACAAUAAGUCAUCCCUUGAAGGAAGUGAGGCGCUAUGCUGGGAGUAUCAGUCUCUUGUAUAAUUCUGAAGUUCUUGAAUGGUCAAGCAUUGAUUUUCGUUUUUCAUAUUGUGUUUCUUCAAGUCAUAUAAAUGGCGGUGUUCUUUUGGAAUCUGCAUCUCUGCAUGAUUUUAAUCAAAGUGACAUGUUCUGCAUGUACCUUUAUCCUGGAAAUCUUCAGAGCAGUAAGGUUUUCAAAAAAGAUAUAGUAUUUGUUGUUGAUAUUAGCGGAAGUAUGCAAGGGAAGCUAAUGGAUGACAUAAAGACUGCAUUAUCAUCCGCUUUGUCUAAGCUUGAUCCUGAUGAUUCAUUUAGCAUUAUAGCUUUUAAUGGAGAGAUUUAUCUGUUUUCAAAAUCAAUGGAAUUGGCUUCCGAGGAAACAGUUGGAAGGGCCAUUGAAUGGAUUAAAACGAACUUUGUUGCAGAAGGUGCCACAGAUAUUUUGCAUCCCUUAAACAAGGCAAUAGAGCUGCUAUCAGGAGUUCGAAGUUCAAUUCCAAUGAUUUUCCUGGUUACAGAUGGAUCUGUUGAGAAUGAGAGACAUAUUUGUGAUAUUAUGAAGAAGCAUAUGAUCAAUGAAGAGUCAAUAUGCCCCCGGAUUUACACCUUUGGUAUAGGUUCGUUCUGCAAUCAUUAUUUCUUGAGUAGGCUUGCUAUGAUUGGCAGGGGCCAAUAUGAUGCUGCAUUGGAUGUAGAUUUGAUCGUGCCCCGAAUGCUUAAAUUAUUUGAUAAAGUUUCAUCUCUCAUUCUGGCCAAUAUCACUAUUGACAUGCUUAAUGGGCUUGAUGAAGUUGAGGUGUACCCAUCCCAAAUUCCAGAUCUUUCAUCAGAGGGUCCAUUGAUGUUAUCUGGAAGAUAUAAGGGGACUUUUCCUGAAAAAUUAAUAGUUGAAGGUGUCUUGGCUGACUUCAGUCGUUUUACAAUGAAUUUGGAGACGCAGCAUGCAAAGGACAUACCUAUACAAAGGGUUUUUGCAAAGCAACAAAUUGAGCAUCUCACUGCUGAAGCGUGGGCUUCACAAAGUAAACAGAUACAAUAUAAGAUUCGUCGGCAGGUUGCAAAGCUAAGCCAAGAGAGCGGCUUCAUGUCCGAGUAUACUCGUAUGGUACUAGUUGAGAAUGAUGAGUUGCUUAAGAAAGUGAAUCGAUCAGAUGGAGCCAAAGAGGCUUCAGAAAAAGGCCACCCUCCAAAAGUAACAGACGUCCGAGGGCAGAGAAUAAUCGGACUUCCAAAGUUAAGCAUCGGCUUCGGCAACCUGAGCGCAACAGUUGAAAAUAUUUGUCCAGGAGCUGAAGAGACGAAGUUGCCUGAAGCGGCUGAACAAUUGGUGAGGGCUGCCCAAUAUUGUUGUAGCACUUUGUGCGAUCAAUGCUGUUGUGCCUGCUGUAUCACUGUAUGUUCCCGUCUGAACAACCAAUGCGUAACAGCAUUGACUCAGCUUUGCAUUGGCUUGGGAUGCUUGGGCUGCCUCAGCUGUUGUUCAGAAUUAUGCUGUCAUGGACACGAAUGAUGGCUGAUCUGAAAUCUCUGGUAGCUAAUUGUAUGUGGCUGUUGUAUAUUGCAAUCUUUAUACCCUUUUUACCAAAAGGAAAAAAGAAUAUUUAUGUAUAUGUGCAAGUCAUAUGCUUGUUAAAGGGUCAUCUUUUUGGAAGGCCAGGAAAAGGUUUGUCUUUGGGGCCCUGGUUUUGUUCGAACUAUGCUUUGAACCGUUUGUUUUGUUCGAGUCUACUGUAUUUGUCCCGCCCCAGUUUUGGCCAACAUGGCGUGAAAAUAAUAAUGUUAUUGUAAUAUUUUUUGUUAUGUUA